AUGCCCUCGUCAUUACCAUGGCUCGUGCAAAAGUUCGGCGGAACAAGCAUCGGAAAGCUCCUCGACACUAUCACAGAAGACAUCAUUCCUAGCUACUAUCUCGGAGUGCAGUCACAGGCACAGCGCAACAACAAGAACAAAAACCAGAACAAGAACAAUACCAACAACAUCGCCGUGAUAUGCUCCGCCCGAUCGGGCAAGGACAAAUCAACCGGGACGACGAGUCUGCUCCUCCAAGCAGCGUCUCUGGCUGAGGGAACGGGGCCGCAAUCAGAGAGCGUACUAGACGACGUCAUCGACCGACUUAUUGAGGAGCAUCGGCUUGCUGCACGGGAGGCUUUGAGAAAGACUGCUGAUGGCAAUGUGGCUGAGUCGCUGGAUGAUAUAGAGCUGCUGACGCAGCUCGAGCGAGAGAUUGUGGCUGAUUGCGAGGCGAUUCGAGGGUUUUUGCAUGCGGCAAAGACAGUCGGGGAACUAUCUCCACGAUCGAGAGAUCGCAUCAUCAGCACGGGAGAAAAGCUCUCGUCGAGAAUUGUUGCAGCUUCCUUGUCAAAAAGGGGCUUUGAUACCGCGCUCAUCAUGCUGGAUGACAUCGUCUCGGAGACGUACGGCAGCGAUCUGUCUGCACAGAAAACAGCAUAUGACGAGCUUGGUCCAGGAUUCUACAACGGCCUUGCCCAGAAAAUCGGACAGAAGGUGUUGAGCCAUGUGGGGAAGAUUUGUGUCCUGCCUGCCAUGUGUGCUGUCGGCGUCAACGCGCAAGAACUGCAGAUCUGGAAGGAGGUCGAUGGCAUCUUCACGGCGGAUCCGAACAAGGUCCCCUCAGCGAGGUUGCUGGCGACGGUCACACCGGAAGAAGCGAUGGAGUUGACCUUCUAUGGGAGUGAGGUCAUUCACCCCCUCACAAUGAAACACCUCCAAUCCGCCAACAUUCCGCUGCGAAUCAAAAACGUCAAAUCGCCUCAGGGCCCCGGAACGAUGAUUUAUCCAUCUGAGAAUGCGAACGCCAGAAGACUAUCACCCGACAGACGCGCCUUCAUGGACGCCCACGGCUACGACGGAGACGACCAGUCGCGCCGGACUCCCACGGCCAUCACCAGUAAAAACGAGGUCACGGUGAUUAACAUCGUCCCGAACGGAUCGACCCAGCGGUACCAGUUUCUAUCCGAAGUGCUGCGCUGCCUGGCAGCAAGGCAGGUGGUGCCCGACCUGAUGUGCACGAGCGAGCAGUCGAUGAGUUUUGCCAUCCACUCUGAGAUCCUGACGACUCUCGCUCGAGCAGGCAUCAACAUCUACCUGAUCAGCCAGGGGGCAAGCCAGGUCAACAUUUCCUUCGUCGUCCGCGAAGAUCAUGCCCUCCAGGCCAUCAACGUCAUCCACAGCCAGAUCCUCGACAUCCCGCCGACGGAGCAACACACGGGGCUGACGGGGAAGGGUGGAAUUCGAGGACCGUGGCUCUUCUAG